ACUUCACACUGACAGUUAAAUGAAAUGUUAAAUUUUGUUUGUAUUUGAUAAUUUUUUUGAAAUAUUAAACGUGGUUCCUGGUUUCUUUAACAAUGAGGAACCUAGCAAUAUUUCAAACAAAAGUGACUAGAUUUCAAGGAAGCCAUGAAGAAAACUUCUUGGUGUGCCGCGGCAAUAAUUCGCGAACCGUCACGACCAGCGUAAUUUCACAUAACCUCUCUGUUAGUAACUUCGAUGAGAAUGGUGUGUUUAACUGGAGCAAGGAUCUUUCCGAGUUGGUUUCCUCGGACAAUAGUCCAGUGAACGUGACAUAUUUAUCGCUGUCGGCGGGAUGGUGCGCGGGCUUUGGCAAUGGCGAGUUGUUUUAUGUCAGUGAAGAUGGUAGCAGCUGUGACUUAGUUGGUGCCUGUGAGGAUGGCUUACUGGCAAUGGAAUGGAGUCCAGAUCAAGAGCUUCUAGUAUUGGUGACAAAAUCAUUUAACACAAUUCUGAUGUCUUGUACCUAUGAUCCAAUCAAUGAAGUGAAUCUACUUGACCAAGGAUUUGGGGAAAAACAAUUUAUAACUGUAGGCUGGGGAAAGAAGGAAACACAGUUCCAUGGAUCCGAGGGGAAACAGGCUGCCAAAGCUAAAACUGAAGUUAAUGCUGAUCCCAAUGCAGCUGACGAAAUUGUAAAGAUCACCUGGCGAGGAGACGGCCAAUUAUAUGCUGUGGGAUUCACUCAGGAUGGUCUACGAAGGUUUAAAGUAUUUGACAGAGAGGGACAGCUACAGUACACAAGUGAGAAACAACCCGGACUCCAGUCACAGCUCUGUUGGAGGCCCAGCGGUAAUGUAAUCACCACAACACAAAAGUUCCCUGAUAAGUAUGACAUUUCUUUCUUUGAAAAGAAUGGUUUGAAGCAUGGAGGAUUCACACUACCAAUCAGUAACACUACUGAAGUAGAGGAUAUUACUUGGAAUUCUGACUCAGAGAUCUUGGCCAUACAAUGCUUUGACACAACAGAUAAUACACAGAGAAUAAUGCUGUACACAACUGGCAAUUAUCACUGGUACUUGAAACAAGUGCUGACAUUCAACCCUGGGCAAAAAGUGUCCAAGAUUAUUUGGGAUAAUGACUUUGAUGUGAAUCAUAAUAAAACCUUGCAUGUGUACCUUACAUCUGGAGAACACUACUCAUAUUCUUGGAUGUGGACCAUUGAUCACAGUGUUGGAACCAGUAUUGAUGACAAUGCAGUUGUAGCAGUCAUAGAUGGAAACAAAAUACUUGUAACUGGCUUCAGACAAACAGUUGUGCCUCCACCAAUGGCAGCCUUUGAAAUUGAAUUAGACACUUUUGUCAAUUCAAUACAUUUUGCGCCAAAACUGGGAGAUACAGAUCCUAAUAGUUUUUUUGCCUGUACAUGUGACAAUAAGCUGGUAUUUUACCAGCUGACUAAUAAAUUUCCCCUGCAAUAUAAAGUGAGCAAAACUAUUGCAAUAGACAAGUACAAUUUUCCAUUCCAAAAAUAUAGUUGGUUUUGGAUGGCAGAUGAUACUGUUAUGUGUGCAAGCUUAGACUAUGCAGAAGAUUUUACAAACAAACAUAAUUUGAUAGAGUUUAAACUCUCGGACAGUCUUACUGUAACUAAUACACAGGACUACUCUGCUGUUUCAAUCACAGGAAUACAAUCGCAUCCAACUGAUAAGAAAGUUGUUUAUGUUAAUACAGAUUCAAAUGAAGUAUUUACAUACGUUUGUGGAUUAGAAAAAAACUGUAAUGAAAUAGGAAUUCAGUUAUCCAAUGAAUUGUGUCCAAAAUUCUCAGUGCUUGCUGUAGAUGAUGACCUACAAUUUAUUGGCCUUUCACUCAAAGGUAACCUGUACAUAAAUGACACAAAAGUCUUGAGCAAUAUCAGCUCAUACUUUGUUCAUAGCCAUUUCCUUUUACUGACUACAACUCUGAAACACUUGCUACUUUGUGUUGAAUUAAGUAAAGAUGGUUUGGACGCUCUCAAGGACUAUCAGAAAAAUGAUUCGCCUAAAGUAUACAAAAGGAAAAUUGAAACAGGAGCUAAAUUAGUGAUUGCAGUAGCACAAGACACGAGAACCGUUUUCCAAUUACCUAGAGGUAAUCUAGAAGCGAUACAACCACGUCCGCUGUCUUUGAAGAUCAUUGGUGACUAUUUGAGUGAUUUGAAAUACUUUGAAGCUUUUGACCUAAUGAGGAAGCAAAGGAUAAACUUGAAUCUGAUUUACGACCAUGACCCUGAGAAAUUCCUGAAUAACAUUCAUGUAUUCUUAAACAGCAUAAAGAAUAAUUCUUGGUUGAGCCUCUUCUUAUCAGACUUGGAAAAUCUUGAUGUAACCAAAACCAUGUAUGCUACUAGUUACAAUAACGGCAAAACUACAAACGGAUCUGAUACCAAAAUUCAAAGAAUUUGUGAUAUUAUUAGAACACAUCUAGAAAACAUACAAGAUAAAGAGAACAAAAUAUUACCACUGAUUACAACCUACGUUAAGAAAAACACUGUGGUAGAUUUGGAGAAUGCAUUGUCAGUUGUAAAAAAGCUGAAGGAACAAGAAUCAGCUGGUUCUAAACUACCAGUGGGUUCAGAUGAAGCGCUCAAGUACCUACUAUACAUGGUUGAUGUUAGUAAUCUGUUUGACAUUGCUCUCGGAAUGUAUGACUUCGACUUGGUGUUGUUAGUAGCCAACAAGUCUCAGAAAGACCCAAAAGAGUAUAUACCUAUGCUUAACGAGCUUAAUGAAAUGGAAGAAAAUUAUAAAAGGUUUACUAUUAAUAAACGACUCAAGCGAUUCGAUAGAGCAGUAGAUUGCUUAGCCGCCUGUGGACCAGACAAACACGAAGAAUUAAGAAGUUUUGUAAAGUAUCAUAGCUUGUACAGAAAAUGCUUAGAACUUUUCAAGCCAGAGGAUGAGAUAUACAAGCAAGUGUCUGAUGAUUAUGGAUUAUUCUUAAAACUAGAAAAACAAUAUACGGAAGCUGGCAUAAUUUAUAGAAGAUCGAAAAACUAUGAGAAAGCAAUUGAAUGUUUCAAAGAAGAUUUAGAAUGGGAAUUGGCAAUCGAAUUGACUGAAGACUGGCCUAAAGAACAGCGACUACAGUUGUGUCGUGAACUUUUUGAAGGAUUGAAGGAUAACAAUAGAAGUCAAGAAGCACUAACUGUGCUAGAGCGAUACACUGACGACCCUGAAGAUACAAUAAAACAUGCAGUAACGUUUGGUUGUUACAAGACCGCUCUAAGGCUAUGCUCUCAAUUCGGAAAAGAUAAUUUGAAAAACGAACUAAUACUACCGGCAAUAAUGGCUGAAUUCAACAAUACGCAACAACAAAUAGAAUCCUACAAGACAACUUUUAUAAAGCAAAGGGACAGGCUCCAAGUGGUUCGGGAGACAAAGAAACAAACGCCUUUCGAAGAUUACGAUGCCUCAUACGCGAAUAAGGACAGUGAUUUGUAUUCUGAUGCGGGAAGCACUUUAGCAUCGACUACAUCUAGGAGUUCUAGUCGCACAUUCCGAUCCAGUAAGAACCGAAGGAAGCACGAAAGAAAAGUAGCCUCUUGCAAGGAAGGAUCUCAGUAUGAAGACGUGGGCUUGGUGAUAGCUCUCCACAAUCUGGUGAAAUCUGCCUUCGACUUGAGACUUCAAGUGAGGGAGCUCUGCCUAGCACUCAGCUGUUUCGAGUGUGACAAGGAAACUUUUGUAUUGCAGAGAAGCUUGCAGAACCUCCUGAAAGACAUGAAGGAUAGUUUCAAGGACAUAUGGACGAGUGAUCUGGUGCUGGAGGCCACGAAUGCCGAGAUAGCGGCGCGGAAUGUUCCAGAGGGCUUCAGUGUUACGCCUCAAGGAAUUGCUUCACUUGAUGCUCAUCUCAGAAUAGCGCCGGUGAUCCCGGACGUCAAAUGGGAAUUGAAGGGCUUCAAUUAAUUUACUUAUAAGAGCAAUGUAUAUCGCAAUAAAUUUUAUAAAAUAAAGGUUUUAUGUACAUAAA